AUGCAAGCAGGUAAGCCUUGGCAGCCAGCUACGCAAGUUAUUCUGCCUUGGCAGCGAGUAGAGUCUCUGCCAGUUGCUGAACCAGGACAGCUAGCAGGGCAAGACGCUCAGUUUGAGCAGCCGGCAGAACCAGCUCCUGAGUCUAUGCAGCUUCCCGCGCCGUCGUACGUUACCGUAUCUGUGGACCCUGGUGCGCAAGUCUUCGUUAUCGGACCUGGGAACUCUAUUGUGGUAGUGCGGGCCGCUCAGACAAAGCAGCUAGCAAAGCCGCAAAUACCUAUGCCAACAGACCAGGAACAAGCGCGUGCAACUUUUGCUGAAAAUGUAUGGACUGACAAUACAAAUGAUUUGCAUGGAUCUCCAGAAUAUUCAGUAACAUUGACACCAGAUUCAGUAGCAUCGACACCAAGACAGCCCGAUCUCGAAAGGAAGUUUGCUGAUUUCUGUAAAGACCUUGGAAUAACGAGUGCCUCGAUACAUUACAAACCUAAAAGGUUGUUCAAAAGAUCACUGGAUUCCCAAAAAGCGCCGGAUGCAGCACCUGUUUUGCAGGGCUGGACUAAGGUUGGUGGCAAGGUUUACUACUACAGAGAUGGCAAAAAGCUUGUCGGCUGGCAUUUCCUGCGCGGUACGAUCGUAGACCCUUCCCUUCCGCAUAAAAAUUGGUUCUACUUUGAUAAAGACGGUGUUAUGCUCACGGGUAGACAUGAACCUGUGGGUGGUAUCAAAAAUGAGCAGGGCCUCCAAGAUAAGCACGUAUUUUUUUGGAUGAACAUACGGAAGUAA